CGGUUUAUUUACAUAAUUAACCACUGUUUGAUUUCGAGAAAAACAAAAAUAUCCUUUAGUAAUAUAACAGGUUUUAAGUUUCAUAACAAUGUUUUAGAUGAUACUUAUCCAAAUUAAAGGAGAUUUGCAGUAUUUGAUGAUCGCAAACCGAGUUUUAUUUUCAAAUUAUUGUUUAUCCCUGUGAUUUAUUAGUGUAAUUUAUAGUAAAAUAUACACAUCUUAAUUCUAAUAAAUUAAAUAUAGGUCUUAUUAAACUAUGUACAACGCAAGAUAAUUGAUUAUGGAUGAUAACAACGAAGAAAUAUUAGGCUAUUCAACUAGACAUGCUCUGAUCAAAUUACGCAACGACAUUAGCGGCGUGAUUGAAGAAUAUAAAAAGAAGAUUCCCACUGGAUUUCGCUUGGCACGUGAUAUUAUUUCGUUUUCAUCAGAGAAGGUUCUACUUUCGGGUGUUGCAUACACAAUUACAUUGAUUUACAUAGUAUGCCUAUUAUUAACAUACCUAUUUGGGGUCUCAGUACAGGCCCAUGCAUAUCUGUUAUGGGAGGCUUUUUUUCUAUUAAUCAUAUUAAUAAUUAACUUUUUGGUGGCAUUUAACGAAGAAUAUUUAUAUCAAAAUGAAAUACCUCAUAGAGUAAAAAAAGUGCUGGAAACAAUGACUAAAGCUAUCAAUAGAGUGAAAUGGAAAGAAGAAUAUUAUCCUCACCUAUGUGCACCAUAUUCGCCGUGUGUAACUUUACAAUGGACAUACAGAGAUGGUACUAUAGUCAAUUUACCAUGGGCCUUACUGGUGGAAGGAGAUGUAAUAGUACUAAGGCCCGGACAAGAAGUACCCGGACACUGUAAAGGACUGCAACCCAAUGACCCGGAAUUGUUCUUCGGACAGACAUAUCAGCCGAACUCUCAAAACAAAGAACAUUGUACAAUUCCACACAUAAGGGUACCUCAUCAGAAUAAAGCUUACAAGAUGUGCGAGACGCCUUACUUGAAGAAUCUAAAGAUGGCACUCGAACAAGCAACAACCAGGCCGGUCACUGUUUUUGAGAAACAAAGGUAUUUGUGCACAGUGAAGGUGAUGGAAGGCAUAGUGCUGCCCCUGGUCAUAUCCUUAGUGGUGGUGGCGAGCUUCCUGCGUCACGUGUACCAUUUGCCCGGCGUGACCCACUGGACGGAGAUAUACUUUCUCCAGACCAUAGCCGCUUCAUUGCCCCUAUUGCAAAUCGUGUUCCCCAUAGCUUGGGUCACGCUUAACUGUUACGGAUUGGCGAGAUUCAAGCAAAUAGCAGAAACCCGCCAAAAAUACGUCCGUCCGAAGUCGUGUUCCAUAUCAGAGGACGCGAGCGACCCUCUGCUUCAGGCGCUGAGCGAAUCCAGUCUGAAACCGGAGAGCAUCAAGUCAUUAGCAAAGACAUUCUUCAACAUCUUGACUGGUAGAGAAGACAUGGUAUCUAGGACUGCCAACAUCGUACAUGUCCUGGGAUCUUUGUCUGCUCUAUCGUGUGUGGACAAAAAGGGGAUAUUAUCAUGGCCAAAUCCGACACCGGAGAAAGUGUUUUUCCUUCGUAAUUCGGAUCCCACGUCGCACAACUCGAGCAAAACUAGUCUGGCCGGCUCCCUGGGUCAUCCCGGAGAUUCGGUACUGGAACAGCCAGAUAACAGGCACCACGAACCGUCUACUGUUGUUGAGGUGUUAGACCUGACCCACGACCAGAACGCGCCGUUCUGCGUGGAGUUCGACGACCAGCGCUGGCGGCGGCACCUGGCGCUGCUGAAGCCGCUGGGGCUGGCGGCGCUGCUCAACACGUGCGCGCCCGCCCCCAGACACACGUAUGCGCACUUCUGCGCGCACCUCACCUGCGAAGCUCAGUUGAGUGAAGACUUAGUUCCGGUGACAAAUCGCCGUUGCCUCUGCGAGCUGGCCAAACAAAUAGGAUUCACAGAUUCCGUCGCUGACGCCUACAGCGUGCAGCACUGUUUGUCAAUAUUCAGACAUUUGCGCGCGGACACUAUCCGGCGCGAGACGCGUUUCGUGCGCUCACUGCAACUGAGCACCCGGGUCAAGGUUCCCCUGCCGCACAUGCUCGCCGUUCUAGUCAAGGACCACGCUAAUCAAUUGCAAAUGCUCACACAGGGUACCGCAGAUAUAGUGUUAGACUCGUGCGUAGAUUACUGGAACGGGCGGGACUUAACACCGAUAUCUGCUUCCGACCGAAAGAAGAUCAUAGAUUUUUACCAAAGAAACUCACUGACGGCCUACUGUACUGCUUUCGCUUACAAGCCGGUGACGCGCGGCGUGUCUUCGCCCGUGGCAGACAUGUACCUGGAGGUGCCUGCGGAGGGGCGCGGGGGGCUGGCGCCGCGCACGCAACAUUGGCCGGACGCGCCCGCGCUGCACUUUCAUUCAACUGAUUCCCUACUGUUCAAUGAAGUGACCGACGACGAUGUUGUUGACGCCGAUGGAUAUUUCGAUCUGCAAUGCAAUCAAGUGUUCAUAGGCAUGGUGACGAUGCAGUACCAGGCGCAGAGCGACAUGGUGGAGCUGAUAGAGCGGCUAGAGCGAGCCUGCAUACGCUUCGUCCACUUCAGCAAGGAGAACGAGCUCCGGUCGAGGGUGUUCAGCGAAAAGAUGGGUUUGGAGUCCGGCUGGAACUGUCACAUAUCGCUCAUGAGCGACACCGAAGCCAGGUGGGUCUUGCACACAGCCUUGCUGGCCAUCGGUGGCAGGACACUUGGUAAAGUACACUUUGUGAUGAGUCGCUGUUUAGGGUAAUAUUGAAAAUAAAAUUAUUUUAAGGUAGUACAAUUUGUAAUGUUUUUUAAUUAAAAGUGAUUUCAAUAUUCAAUAAUUAAAAUUCAUUAAUUAAACUUAACAAUGGGACUCGGAAGUACACUCUUUCAAUAAAAAAAAAAUUUGAAAAUCAAUAUACAAAUGACGGAGAAGGAAGUGAACAUACAUAAAAAUAAUACAUUCAAUCGAUUGUACAGACUCCUCUUUUUUUU